CACACUAUCUCUGCGCAAAACCGGUGCAUGGCCAUAUAAUUCAGGACACACCAGCAUAUUCUUCCAUUGAAGUGUCUUCCAAUAUUAAAGAAGAUCCCACCGGUUAUAUCGCCUCCCAGAGCGAGGGUCAACAGCCAUGCCUCGCCAACAGACGCAACUGCGCGGUCCGAAAGACCGGAACCGCGACCAGUCUUCUUCGAAGAAACCCUCCCAGAAGAAGACGUCCGGAAAGAUGCUGAAUGCAUUUUCCAUCGCCGAAAGUCAAUACCCCACGAAAGUCAAGAUGAGACGGAGUCGUUUCGGAGUAGAAGAUGAUGAUCAGUUCAAACGCAAGCGAAACAUCGGUCGCGACCCCGAAGACUCAGACACACCGGAUAACAAGCGCCGUCGAACCGGCGACGACGAAGCGGAGAUGGGAUCGAAUUUCGGCAGUGACGGUGAAGGAAAUAGGUGGAGACUGGGAGAGGUUGACAGCGAUGAUGACGAGGAUAUCGACAGUGACGAAGCAUUGGGCUCUAGUGACGAGGAACGAUUCGAAAGCUUCACCUUCCGUGGUAGUUCCAAACCAAAACACAAGGUGCCCGAGAAGAAAAAGCGCACUCGCGAGAUUACUCUGUCUGAAGAGGUGGAUGAAUCCGAAGAAGACGACGAGAUGGACGAAGAUGACGACCUCGGAGAGGACGCGGUCGACCUGGCCACUGCCUGGGAUAUGAACACUGCCAUGGAAAAGGAAGAGGAGGAAGGCAAGAAUGCAAAGUCAAAAUCGAAGCAGGCGACGGGAAGCGAUGAUUCAGAAGAAUAUGACAGCGAUACUGAAGAAAGCGACUCCGACGAUGACAGCGCCCUAUCUGUCUCCGAUGACGAAAACGAUGACGAUCAGCAGCACGGGCUCGCGAAACUGCAAAGCUUCGUCGACUCUAUGAAUAUGCAAGCUGCUCCCAAGUCGAAGCGGAAGACUGGUGGUGGGCAAGAACAAGGGGCCCCGACAGAAUUCGGCUUGACCUCUACGCGCAAGCUGACAGUUGCCGAUCUUCUGCCUUCCAUCACGGACUCUCGGCUCAAAAGCUCACUGAAACACGUUGACUCCGACGCAGCUGCGCCUAAGAAGUCGUCCGGUAUCCCCGGGAAAUUAGAUGCCCCCCUCGCAAAGCGCCAGCAGGACCGUUUGGACCGAGCGGCUGCAUAUGACAAAAGCAAGGAAACACUUGACCGGUGGCUCGAAACCGUUAAGGCUAACCGUCGGGCUGAGCAUCUCAUGUUUCCGUUGCCUGAUCCAGAUGCGAACCAGGCGCAUCGCAUGGGCGCACCUCAGCCACGGACGGACCUCGAAAGUACGAUUCAGAAUAUUCUUGUCGAGAGUGGGCUUGCAGAGACGAACGGCAAGUCGGCUGAAGAUCAGAUGCAGGAAAUGGAAGAAUUACAAGAGCGCAGACUACCCAUUGAAGAAAUCCAGGCCCGCAGAGCCGAACUACGGAAAAGGCGUGAUCUAUUGUUUCGGGAGGAAGUACGCGCAAAACGGAUCAAGAAGAUCAAGAGCAAGUCUUAUCGCCGGGUUCAUCGAAAGGAACGCGAGAAACUGGAACUUCAGGAAAGACAGGCUCUCCUGGAAGCCGGCGUUGAUCUAGAUGAGCUGGAAAGAGAGAAGAACGAGCGGUUGAGAGCGGAGGCGAGAAUGGGCUCCAAGCACAAGGAAAGCAAGUGGGCAAAGAGCUUAAAGCAAACUGGUCGCACGGCAUGGGAUGAAGAUGCUCGACGUGGUACGCAGGAGCAAGCAUUGCGCGAAGAGGAAUUACGCAAGAGAAUCGAAGGCAAGAGAGUCACCACCGGUGACGAAGAUUAUCUUGGUUCUUCUAGUUCCGAGUCGGAGGACGAGGAUCCCUGGGACGAGGAAGCUGCCUCCGAUGCUGAGAAGCGCAAGAUCCGCCAGAAACUCAGCAAGCUUGAAGGGGACGACGAAGACGAUGCAGAGGAGUACAAGGGUCCUCACGCGAAUCUGAUGAACAUGAAGUUCAUGCAGAAUGCGCAGGCUGCUCGCAAAGCAGAGAAUGAUGCAGAGAUCCGGCGUCUUAACCGUGAAUUACAUGGUGAAGAAUCCCAGUCAGAGGCCGAAUCUGAGGUUGGACGACGUAAGUUCGGCAAGUCUGAAACGGAUGAGUCUGCCAAGGAGAACAAGCUCAAAGCAGUACCUCGCAAUGAGUUCGAAGAAGCUCCGGGAUCAGACGAUGAGCCGGAUGUGCAAGAAAUAGACCAAGACGUCAAGAUUGUUCUUGAUCGCCCGCAGAAGAAGGGACCGGCUCCCAACAAAAACAAGCCCAACGCUCGGCCUUUGAGCCAGGUUGCGGAGCGAGAAGAAUCCCCAGUGGAGGAAAACCCAUGGCUGGUGCAAACUACCAGGAAUAAUCGCCGGGUGACAGCGGACGAUUCUCAGCAGACGGUCGACAUCACGCUUGAAGAUGCCCAACCGAGCCACGCUGGUGCUAAGGGUGCUUCCAAGGUUCAAAAGAAACCAGUCGCAACAAGCAAGACCAUUGACGCUGAAGACUACGACAGCGAUGAAGACGGUGUACCAGUGCUUCUCAAGAAUCACGAUCUCGUGAAGAGAGCGUUCGCGGGUGACGAGGUCGUGCAGGACUUCGAGCAAGAGAAGCUUGAUACCAUCAAAGAAGAGGGUGACCAGAUUAUUGACAACACCCUGCCUGGCUGGGGCAGCUGGGCUGGUGAUGGUAUCAGCAAGAAGCAACAGAAGCGUCAGAAGCGUUUCUUGACUAAGGUGGAGGGAGUCAAGCCUGAAGACCGGAAAGAUGCCAAGUUAUCCCGAGUCAUCAUCAAUGAGAAACGAAUCAAGAAGAACAACAAGUAUAUGGCGACUCAGCUUCCUCACCAGUUCGAGAACAGACAGCAAUACGAAAGGUCUCUCCGUCUUCCUAUCGGCCCCGAAUGGUCUACCAAGGAGACUUUCCAGAUUGCAACCAAGCCUCGCGUGAUGAUCAAGCAGGGUGUCAUCAAGCCCAUGCAGAAGCCCAUGGUCUAAAUACAUCGUAUGCUUUGACUGCAGGUCAGUGGUUCAUACAGAUCCUGGUGGGGGUUUUCUCAUUUGAUAGGGUUAAACGGCGUUGUACCGUCUUGCCCGCACUGUACAUUGUCUUUGUGAAGAAUUGUGGAGUCGAAUGG